UCCUGUCCCAUCUACUCCUAGACUUUCCUCGGUGAGAUUUUGUGCAUAGUCAAUUCGUGCUGAGCAUCAGACUGUUUCCUUACUCUACGAUGGCGACUCUAGCUGGACUGGUGCUGCUUGCAUCGGCUGUCGUGGCAAACAAUUGCAGCAUUCAACCUGUCUACGUCGAUUUUCACAAUAGGGCCGUUGACGGAGGCAUAACCUUUCAAUAUGGCCUCUUCACGGGCAUCGGAAGCCCAAUAUCGCAGAACCUCUCUUCGUGGCCAUCAUUAUCAAACAAUGAGACGUCGGUGGGAAGUCUUGACUACUGCAGCACAAGUCCUUUCCAGAACUGUGUCAAUCAAAGUCAUGGCUUUUAUUCACCCGACCUUUCCCAAACAUACUCGUCAGCAUCAUCAUACAAAACUCUAGACAACCUCGGAUCCAUACCUGCCACCAUCCUAGAGACGGCCUACGAUACUUUCAAUCUCUUCACACACUAUUUCGACCCUUCGCCGCCCAAUCUUACAACGAUCUCACAAUUCCCCCUUACAGUGCUGUCCAACUACUCCGCGAAUGCCUCACCAUGGUUUGGUCCAGCGGGCCUUCUCGGACUCGGCCCUUCAAGUGUACUACUUCAACGCUUAUACGAUAUGAACCUAAUCUCCUCCCGGUCAUUCGGUCUGUACAUGGGAACAGCCUAUCAACAAGCGAACGGAGCGAUGAACGGGUCAUUGACAUUGGGCGGCUAUGACUCGGGUCGCUUCGACGGCGACGUAUACAACUAUACAAUCAGCAGUGCAAACUCCGACGGAGCUAACAGCCCGUUCAAAGUCACUAUUGCACAAAUGACCUUGACCACUGCCGACGGUAACGCGACGGAAUUCUCCAACCAGUUCGACGCGUACAUCACCACAUCACAAUAUGCGCUCACCCUUCCAUCUGCUAUAACCCAGCAAUUCGCAGAUUCGACCGGCGCCACAGCCUCGAAUGACGGGCUCGAUGUCCUCCAACUUCCCUCCGGCUUCGAUGCCACCCUAACCAUCACUCUUGCCGGCGGCUUCAAUGUGACCUACGACGCUCAAUGGCUCCGCAAUGUCUCCAACAACUCGCCCAUAUCAGCCGCUCCCAUCUCUUCCACCAGCACCAACGCAACUUCAAGCCCGGCGAACCUCCUUGGUACCGCAUUUCUAUCCUCAAUCUACUUCAUGGCAAAUUACGACUCCCACCCGCCCCAAUUCCAGCUCGCAUCCGCCCUCACAGACGCGCAGUUCGUCCAAACCCAAACGCUCUGCCCAGACACAGUCCCCACGCCGGCACCAACAACGAAUAUCUCGUCAUUCACCCGCGCAGGCCUCACUGGCGCCAUCAUCGGCGGUGUAAUAGGAGGCAUGGGCCUGACCUUUGUCUUCUGGUAUACCCUCCGCAGAUGCUACCAGCGCCGGGAACGCCGUCGUGUGGAAGCCCAAUCAAGAAACCAAGACCUCGAUGGGACGAUCUCAGUUCGUCCGAAGAGCGAUGGCAACAGCAGCGAUCGAACUAGCAGCGAAAUGACCACCUUCGCAUUCGACUUCAAUUCGUCCACGCAUCAAGCAUACCAGAACUAUCUGCGUAAUAAAUCCCAGGGUCAUGAUGGGCAGCGCCAGCUACGAAGUCCACCGCUAGAAUUGAAACAGCAAUCACAGCAACAACAAUAUCGCUUGUCUUCAGCAGACAGUCUGAACGCUUCGGCGGCCCGCGCACAAGAGUAUCUCCGCUCCGUUGACGACGCGUAUAUGAACGUCCCUCCUAUCACGCCUGCUACGGGAGUCCCCUUGCUCCAGUCUCAGCAGAAGCCCGCGCGGUCGUCAAGCAUAUAUUCGCACACAACCACUGUUUCGUCCUUUGUGCAAGUGCAGCCUCAACUGCAGGUACAGUCGCAGGCUUCUCAACCACAGUCACAAUCAUACCUAUUCCCGUCGACAACAGAGACUGCAUCGACGCGGACAAGCCACGAGUCUGCCCGCCGGCAGGAAUUUGGUUUGAACGUGCAGACUGAGUUUGCUCCGCCACCUAAGAUGGCCGCACUGACGAAAAAGUCAUCACCCAAGUCUGAUAAACUUGCGCGCAAGACCAUUGGCAACGGUGGAAAGAAGCAGAGUAUGCUGAGGAAGGUCUUUCCGCCGCCGGGGUCGUGAUGCUUACGGACAUGGGUGUCACGGCGGUAAGUGGGAUUUUGACGGUAGAUCAUUCCCACCGGCAUCUCGGCUAGGUCUCUUUGAGAACAUACUUGGAGCAUACACGAUUUUAGAUUGGGACUU